CUCACUUCUUAUUCCUUUUCGCCUUUCGCUUUCGCUGAUUGUUAUCAACCCCCUUCCUCUCUCUCUCUCUCGCCCCUUUGCCUUUGGUGGAAGAAAGCCAGCGACUUUCGCUUUCGCUGAUUGUUAUCAACCCCCUUCUCUCUCUCUCUCGCCCCUUUGCCUUUGGUGGAAGAAAGCCAGCGACCUUGGUCUUAACAAAAAAAUCAAACGGAAAAAGUUUUCUAGUUGUAAACCUUUCUUAUUCUUUCUCCGGAGGAAGAGGUGAGGAGAACAAGAUGUCGUCGGCGGCGGAGCGAUUCGUCGUUGGAGGCGGAGAGGAGCAGCUCUUCCAACAGCAUCCAGUGUACCACGUUCCCCAACACAGCCGGAGGGAGAAGCUCCGGUUCCCGCCGGAGGACGCUCCAUCACCCACCUCCUUAGUGUUGCUCCACGAUGCCAACAUCGCUUCGCCGCUCUACCCCACCAACACUUCCUUCCUUCCGGCCUUUUCCUCCGAUUCAUCCCCGUCUUCCUUUACCUAUUAUUCUCAAGACUAUAACCACCAUAUCGCUUCCAGCACCCAAGUCUCAAGCCACACCACCACUCUCUCUCUUCCAACACAUCAUCACCACCAGAUCUCCAGCCAGGGCUUCUCUCUGUCCCUGUCUUCCUCUCCUUCCAAACCUCCACCUCCUCCUCGCCACCAUGCGGGCGUCGGAAUAAACCACGGGGUGCCGAGGAGUCCGGCUCCUCUCGGGCCAUUCACGGGCUACGCCGUCGUCCUCAACCGCUCGAGGUUCCUCGAGCCUGCACGCCAGCUUCUUGAAGAAAUAUGCGGUGCUGGCCGUAGAGCAGCAACAGCAGCAGCAGGAAGUAGCGCUGACGAUAUGCUUCUAGAUUCUGAUCCACCGGAGCCAUCGCCGAUGGAUCAUCGGAUGGAGGUGAACGACCGGAUCUCGGGUACGGAGCAGCAGUGGAAGAAGACCAGGCUUCUCUCCAUGCUUGAUGAGGUCUAUGAAAGGUACAAGCAAUACCAUCAUCAGGUGCAAGCUGUCAUCACAUCUUUUGAAUCUGUACCUGGCUUCAGUACUGCUGCCCCUUAUGCCUUCAUGGCCCUAAAGGCCAUGUCGAAACACUUCAGGCAGCUCAGAAAUAUGAUUUCUAAUCAGCUUCAUCACACAAACAAGGUCCUUGGAAAAGAAGGCCUCAGCAGCAUAGAAACUCCAAGUUAUGGGCUCAUUGACAAUGGUGUUUGUAUCCAACGAAUGGUAAACAACUCAGGCACCUUUAGCCAGCCGCAUGUCUGGCGACCUCAGAGAGGACUUCCUGAAUGUGCAGUUGCUGUCCUACGUGCAUGGCUUUUUGAACACUUCUUGCACCCAUAUCCUACUGAUACUGACAAGCAGAUGUUGGCAAAACAAACAGGUCUCACAAGAAAUCAGGUUUCAAAUUGGUUUAUUAAUGCGAGGGUGAGACUUUGGAAACCAAUGGUUGAAGAAAUACACUCUCUUGAGACGCAACAAUUGCAUAAAGUUUCAGCAGGUGAUAAAAGCUGUGAGACUGAUGGGCAAACUCAGCUACAAUCAGCUUCAACUGCUGCUUCCCAUGACUCUCAAUUGCCUCAAAGUUCUAACAGCCAAAAGAAUCAACACCUGACAACCAAGUACAUUCAACAUGAUCACACUCAGACGCCCAACCGUACCCAAGAGCAAUUUAGCUUCGUAUAUGAUGUUUUACCUGGCCAUCAGCAUAUUGGAGUUGGUACGAAUGUUGCCGCUGGAGGAAAUUCAGGUGUUUCACUGAGUCUUGGGCUCCACCAAACCAACAGGGUUUGCUGGCAGGAGCCUCUUCCAUUGAAUGUUGUUCGCUGUUUUGGUCUUGAUGAGUGGAAUGAUGCUUAUGUGAUGGGUGCAUUUGAUGGGCAAUACCGGCAGUUUGGAAAGAACAUCAGUGGACAGUUUCUUCAUGAUUUUGUUGGAUGAAAGUGCUUGUGUGACAUCAGUUUAGCCAAGAUGAUGGAGCAGCAGAAAAUUUUGGAUGCUCAGAAAUACCAAUAUAGGCUAACAAAAUACUUAUUGGGUGCCAGGGACCUCAAUUCUUCAAGCAUUGUUUUAGAAGACUUUAGCCACGACGGAGCGAAUGGUAUGGUUUUUUAUGUUCAAGCUUCGUAAUUUGUUAGAGACAUUAGUCAUGCCACUGUUGCGGAUGGACGUGAAAAUCUCACUUGAAUUGAGCUUAAGUGUGAUGAGUCGUCCUUUAAAAGCUAUAGAUCACAAACCUGAUGAACUUGGAUGGUUAUUUGCGAGCAAUUACCCGCAGAGAAAACAUUGUAAAGCGCGUGGCCCUUAUGUUUGCACCGCUUAUGGAAAACGGCUUCUAUUUGACGAGUCGGGAAAAUCGAUAUUGAGUAUAUUUUGCCAUCACCGAGGUCUUGACCAAUUUUUCUGCUUUUGAUGCCUGCAUGUUUGCCUGCCUUCUGAUAUCUUAGGGCCACGUUGUCCAAAUCCAAGUCGGGCAGGUUUCUCAUAUUUUUCAAAAAAUAUUGAACAUUCAUUAUCAAACUUGGCCUUCAUGGCCAUGUAUCCGCUGCUUCACUAAUUUUCUUUCAUGCUACAGGAUGCAGAAGGAAGCUUAGGCUGAGUUCCAAUUCAGAGAAAAUUGUAAGUUUAUUUAUGAUGCAUUUGUACUUUGUAAGGUACGAACCUGUAUGUCACUUCAAGCAUGGUAAGACUGCAAGAUAUUAUACCAAGCAAGUUUGUAUUUCGGAUAGCUGGCUGGUUAGGAGGCCAUUCUGUGUCCUCGAGGGGUGCGUGUCCCAGAAAGGUGAGGCAGGGAUUCUUGGCUGUGAACGGGUGUUUGUCUGUGUCCGAUCAGUACCAAGAUGGAUUUUAGGAGGUUGGCUAAGGUUUACGCUCAAACCCAUAGCAAAUGGAUCAUCGAGUUGAGAACUUUUCUUUGGAAAUCAGAAACUCUUGGGUCGAGCAGUGUAGUCUUUUGCUUGGUCUCGUUCAAUUUAAUUUAUUCAGGGUAUGGCAUUGGGGCUCUGUGCUGCUGAAUAUAUUUUAAGCAGUCCGGGUGGACUUGCGAUACAGGUUACUGAAUUAUGACAGGGCUGCAGUGGCCAACGUGUUCUCCUCUGGGAAAUGACAUGUACUGUUUACGCAGAAUAAUUACUUUAUUGGAAAUGACGUGCACUGCAAGCGAUGUCAUACGCAUGCCAUUCAAUAUAUGCACUUUUGUAA